AUGGGCCUGGCUGCGUCCGCCGAUGCACGGCAGCUCUGGCUCGCAUCGCAGUUUCAACUGUGGCGCUUCGAGGAUUUUCUGUCCAGGGAACGCGCGCAGACUGACUAUGACGCGGUCUAUGUACCCAUUGAAGGCCGCACGGUGGGUGAAGUCGACAUCCACGACAUUCACCCGAGACCAGACCAACCGCCUCUCUUCGUCGUUUCCCGGUUCAACUGUAUCGCCACGCUGGACGCGGACAACAGUUUUGCACCGCUGUGGAUGCCCCGGUUCAUUGACGCGAUGGUAGCGGAGGACCGUUGCCAUCUGAACGGAAUGGCGGUCGAUGGCGACACGCCGAAACUUGUUACCUGUGUUGCCGCCACAAAUUCCGGCGGUGAAUGGCGAGACCACCGACGCGACGGCGGGAUUGUGAUCGACGUCGAAACGAACGAGAUCAUCGCGGGCGGAUUUUCAAUGCCGCACUCCCCUCGUCUCAAGGACGGCCGAUGUUAUCUCAUCCAGUCCGGGACCGGUGAAUUCGGCACACUCGACCUGGCGAGCGGCCGCUUCACACCCAUUUGCCGGCUCCAGGGAUUUGCCAGGGGAUUGAGCCUUGUCGGCAACCAUGCAGUCAUAGGUGUCUCGAAACCAAGGGAUGAAAGGCAUUUCGGCGGGUUGGCUCUUUCCGACACCCUUGCGGAGGCGGGUCUCGACCCGCUCUGCCAUAUAGCGAUCGUCAACCUGACCUCAGGCGAAAUAGAACACAGGCUCGUCUUCGAGGGUCUUGUGAGCGAACUCUACGACGUCGCCCUUCUGAACGGUAUUCGCAGACCGAUGGUCCACGGCUUUGUGCAGCCGGACUUGCGGUUCGUGAUCCGUCCGGCUCCCUUUGAUCUUGAGCGGCAUAACGGCGCCGCCUCAUGA